CUAAAUGGAAAUGUGAUGACGUAGCAGGUAAAUCCUAUUGUAUGGCGUGCGGUCAGGUGCAUGGAAGCGUCAUGACGUGGUGGGCUGGAUGUGUUCUGCGAAAAGGAGAGAAGAGGCGCUGCGCUGCGCUGGUGACGCGCUGGCUGGUAACUGCACGACGCGGGGAUGCGGAUGCCCCAGGUGGGGGGUGAUGGCAGGACGGCCGCCAGGGAUGCAGGAAGGGGUCGCGCCUAUAUAAGCGCUCAGUCGGCCGUUGUCGGCCUCCCUCAUACACUAGCGUGAAGACCGGCAGAGUCGCAUAGAGUUGUUGUUGUUGGUUCAUCUUUUCAAAGUCAGAACACCACAAGAGUCAAAGCGAGAUGCCGGCCGCCGCUGAGAUGCUCGUUGAGCCGCCAUUUGAGAGAUCACCCGCUCCCGACGACUUCCAGUCGGCUCCCGACCCGCAGAAGCACGACCACUUCAUUCGAGAGGCGGUCGACACCAUCAUCAACGAGGCUGUCUACAAGGGCACAAAUCGCGAGUCGCGGGUCGUGGAAUGGCUGAGUCCGGAUGAGCUAAGCGCCAGACUGGACCUGAGCCUGGAUCGAGCCGGCCUGUCGCAGGAGAAGCUGUUGAGCCUCGUGGAGCAGACCAUCAGGUACAGCGUCAAACCCGGUCAUCCCUACUUCGUCAAUCAGCUGUUUUCGUCCGUCGACCCCUACGGCCUCGUUGGACAAUGGCUGGGCGACGCUCUCAACCCCUCCGUCUACACUUACGAAGUGGCACCUGUUUUCACCCUGAUGGAGGAGACAGUGCUAGGGGAGAUGCGAGCCGUGGUGGGUUUCCCCCGGGAGGGGGGAGAUGGCAUCUUCUGCCCUGGGGGCUCCAUGGCCAACGGAUACGCCAUCAGCUGUGCCCGCCACUACAAGGCACCUCAUCUCAAGACCCAAGGUAUGUCCGGACAACGUCGUAUGGUGGUUUUCACAUCAGAAGACGCGCAUUACUCAAUAAAGAAAAUGGCCGUCCUGCAAGGAUUUGGCUCGGACAACGUGCGCCUGGUGAAGACGGACGCACGCGGGCGUAUGGACGCCCGUGACCUUGAGGCCCAGGUCAAGGACACCCUUGACCAAGGUGCCCUGCCCAUCAUGGUAUCAGCUACCUCUGGCACAACUGUGUUGGGUGCUUUUGAUCCGCUGGAAGAGAUCUACGACGUUUGCGCCAAGUACGAGAUGUGGAUGCACGUGGAUGCGGCAUGGGGAGGGGGCGCACUCCUGUCAAGGCGCCACCGGCAUCUACUCAAAGGAAUCGAAAGAGCGGACUCAGUGACAUGGAACCCACACAAGAUGUUGGCUGCGCCGCAACAAUGCUCGACGUUCCUGACGCGUCACGCGAGUGUGCUGACUGAUGCACAUGCAGCCAACGCUGCCUAUCUCUUCCAGAAAGACAAGUUCUACGACACCAGCUAUGACACGGGUGACAAACACCUGCAGUGCGGGCGUCGCGCCGAUGUCCUCAAGUUCUGGUUCAUGUGGAAGGCCAAGGGAACUGAUGGUUUGGAAGCGCACAUUGACAAGUUGUUCGACAACGCGACCUACUUCAAGAACAUGAUCUCAGAGCGGCCGGGAUUCGAGUUGGUGCUCGAGCAACCCGAGUGCACCAACAUCUGCUUCUGGUAUGUGCCUGCCAGUCUGCGCUCGGCAGAAGCCCGCUCCCAUCCCGACUACAAUCACACGCUCCAUAAGGUUGCACCGAAGAUGAAGGAGCGAAUGAUCCAGAAGGGAUCACUGAUGGUGACCUACCAGCCGCUCAGAGAUCUGCCCAACUUUUUCCGGCUUGUGCUUCAGAACUCAAGUCUCGAUCACAAAGAUAUGGAUUACAUAAUUGAGGAGUUGGAACGGUUAGGAAGCGACCUCUAACAAAAUCUCAUAAAAAUCCUACCUACUAUAUUUAUAUACACGAUCGCAUCUUCUCACAAUUGUAGAUAAAUCCAAUGAACUAUUUAUUUGUAGAAAUAUUUGAAUUAAAUAAGUGUUAAACGUU